AUGAUCAUGCUCUGCUCCGGCUUCAUCAUCAUCAUUUCGGAACGUAUCAAGAUCCUCAAAAGGUAUCACCCGGUGGUGUCCAUGCUCUUUCCCAUAGUGAAUCCCAUCAUAUACGCCAUGCAGACCAAGGAACUAAAGGCACUGAUGGCAGAGAUGGAAAAUACAUCGUAUGUACCUUUAAAACAGCCUAUCGUGUUCACGUUGGAAGGUUUUGACAUAACCAGGCAGCAGGGGUACCCCCUGUUUGUGGUCUCGUUUAUCGUGUACGCCAUGAUGCUGCUGGGAAACCUCACCGUGGUUACGGUGAUCGCCAGGGACACCAAGCUCCACAAGCCCAUGUACGUGAUGAUGUGCAACCUGGCAGCGUGCGACCUGCUCGGGGGCACAGUAGUCAUGAUCCAGCUGAUGUCCCACUUCCUGACAGGGGACAAGUCCAUCGGCUACGUGGCUGCAAUAGUCCAGGCCUUCUGCGUGCACACCUACGCAGCGGCUACUACCACCAUCCUGGCAGCCAUGGCGUACGACCGCUAUGUGGCCAUCUGCCAACCGCUGCAUUACCACUCCAUCAUGACCACAAGGAGGCUGGUUGCACUCUGUUUUCUGGCCUGGUUCAUUGCGGUCUUACUGAUCAUGAUCCUCUUCAUUCUUAAUGUGGGAACACCGCUGUGUGGGACGUUAAUAAUGCACGUCUACAGCACCAAUCGAUCCAUUCUGAGGCUGGCGUGCGCCCCCACCCCCAUUAACAACACGUAUGAUUUGUGUGCAAAUUGGUUCGUAAGUACGAGCACCUUCUUAGUCAUCGCCUUUUCCUAUGUGAAGAUCCUGAAAGCGUGCGUCGUCAAACAGGAGAAAAACAGUCGGAGCAAGGCCUUACAAACAUGUGCCUCCCAUCUCACCAUUUAUAUCCUCUUUGAGACCUCAGUGUUCAUCAUUACCUUGACCUACAGGUUGCAACAGAUCAGCCCAAACGCCAAGAAGUUCUGUACCAUUCUUUUCAUCAUCGUGCCCCCCACAGUCAACCCAAUCAUUUAUGGCAUCGCCAUGAAAGACAUUCGCAGAAAUAUUAUGAAGUUUUUCAAAUGCACUGUCUUGCUGAAAUAG